AUGGAAACUCCAGUAACUGACCCAAAUGCCAGUGAAAACGCCCAGAGUGCCGGCUCCGAUCACGGCCUUGGAAACCUCUCGCUAUCUUCGAAGACCGUCCAUGCCGACGACUUCCUCAAUAAAGGGCAAGACGUUGCGCCGCCUCUCCACGUCUCCACCACUUUCCGCUAUAACAGAGAUCCAGAAAAACUAACGACAUGGAGUCAACAUGAUCCAAAAGCCCCGUAUGAAGGACAUAUCUACUCCAGGCACACAGCUCCAAAUACCACGCGCUUUGAAGCCAUCCUCUCGGAGAUCCUAAAAGGGCCAGCCGUGACCUACGCCUCAGGUCUCAGCGCUUUCCACGCCUUACUCAUAUUCCUCAAUCCCAAGCGUAUCUCUAUCGGAGAAGGAUAUCACGGUUGUCAUGGCGUCAUUGAAAUCCAUCAGAAACUAACAGGAAUUAAGAAGCUUGCCCUUGACUGCGCAGAAGAGGAGCUGCAGUCUGGUGAUAUCGUGCAUGUGGAAACACCGCUCAAUCCCAUUGGUACAGCCUACAAUCUAAAGGCGUUUGCGGAGAAAGCCCAUCGGAGGGGUGCCUAUCUAACAGUCGAUGCUACGUUCGGACCUCCACCGCUGCAAGACCCAUUCCUAUGGGGCGCGGAUAUUGUGAUGCAUAGCGGGACGAAGUAUAUUGGUGGGCACUCUGAUAUGCUUUGUGGCAUCUUGGCUGUUAAUCCGGCAAGGGCGAAAGACGGUUGGUAUGAGGGGUUGGUGAAGGAGCGAUUAUUUGUGGGGAAUGUUAUGGGUUCAAUGGAGGGAUGGCUGGGAAUUAGAAGUGUGAGGACGCUGGAGGUCAGGGUCGAACGGCAGGCAGAUAGUGCGACGAAGUUGGUUAGGUGGUUGAAUGCUGCACUGCAUCCGGAGAACCAAGCUGGGGCAGAUGCUCCUAGCCCGGAUGAGGCCAAGAUUAUUCGAAAUGUGUUGGAGCAGAUUGAGCAUGCCAGUUUGCAAGAGGCGGAUAUCCAGGAUGGCUGGCUCCUGAAGCAAAUGCCGAAUGGUUUCGGCCCGGUGUUCUCCAUUACCUUGAAAGAGGAGGGAUUCGCACGGAGGCUACCCAGUAAACUGGACUUGUUUCACCAUGCUACGAGCUUAGGUGGCGUGGAAAGUUUGAUUGAGUGGAGGACUAUGACAGAUCCAUAUGUUGAUACCCGCUUGUUACGGAUCAGUGUUGGCAUCGAAGGUUGGGAAGACCUGAAGGCCGAUCUUUUGCAGGGCUUUAAAGUUUUGGCAGAUGAGGAUAAAUUCGUAAAGUAG